AUGGCCGCCCCUAGCGGCCCCAUCGCCGCCUCUACCGGCCCCGCCACUGCAGUCAUGGCUACCCCCAGUGUUCUUACCUUUGAUGCUGAGGGUCGUGCUGUUGACUUUGAGGUCUGGGUCGAUGACCUCCAGCUGUUCCUACAGUGCGAUAGGGCAGACGGACUCUCCCUGUUCGAUCUCACCUCUGGUGCUUCCCCUGCCCCGCCUGCUGAUGCUGACAGCACUGUUCGCUCACAGUGGGCCACACGCGAUGCUGCUGCCCGUCUUGCUGUGCGUCGCCACUUACCGACCACUGAGCGUACGCACUUUAGCCAGUACAAGAGUGCUCAGACCUUGUACGAUGCUGUAGUUGCACGCUACUCUUCCCCUGCCACUGCUGCGCUGAGCCGCCUCAUGCAACCGUACCUCUUCCCUGACCUUGCUGCCUUUCCCAUAGUCGCUGACCUCAUUACGCACCUCCGCACUAGUGACACUCGCUACCGCGCUGCGCUUCCUGCUGAGUUCUGUGCCAAGAACCCCCCCCCCCCCAUGUACAUCACCCUCUACUACAUAGUCACCCGGCUCCCUGACUCCCUUCGCUUAGUCAGGGACCACUUCCUCUCAAUUUGCCCCACCACACUCACCGUUGACCUCCUCGAGGAGCGCCUCCUAGCAGCAGAGAAGAGCAUAGUCACUGUAGGAGCCUCUCGUGGUGACCCUCGCACCCCCGUCUUUGAGGGGUGUUCCCCUUCCCCCCUCUUGCCCUCUGUUGCUUUUGCUGCUGCGGCCGACCUCGUUGGUUUCGAGUCGGUCGGCGCUGCGUCUGCCCCUAGCGGGAGACGCUGCACCGGCAAGGGCAAGGGGGGCAAGGGCGCUGGAGGGGCUGGGGGGGGCGGUGGAGGUGGUGGUGGAGGCAGUGGACGGGGUGGGGGUGGUGGUGGGAGUGGUGGCGGGGGUGGCGGUGUCGGUGGCAGCAGUGGAGGCGGAGGAGGCGGCGGUGGUGGCGGAGGGAGCGGAGGCGGCGGAGGUGGCAGAGGCGGCGGAGGUGGCGGAGGCGGCGGAGGUGGCGGAGGCGGCGGCGUCAGCGGUGGAGCUGGUCGAGGCUCUGCGUAG